AUGCCGAAGGUGGUAGGUCCAGCACCUUGCGAAUUGCGUUUUCCUCUGGUUGGUCAGCCUUCUGCCUUAUCAGCGAAAUCUCACUGCAUGAUUCCUGCAGACCGCAGAAAAAUAUUGCAUCUCAAGAAAAAGUCUAUGGAAUCUACCAAAAUAGCUAUAGAUGUUGGAUUCCGCCACAUUGAUUGUUCUCACUUCUACCAAAAUGAAGAAGAGGUGGCUCAGGCCAUUCGAAGCAAGAUUGAAGAUGGCACUGUGAAAAGGGAAGAUAUAUUCUACACUUCAAAGCUUUGGUCAACUUCUCAUCGUCCAGAGUUGGUCAGACCCAGCUUGGAAAGUUCACUGAGGAAACUUAAUUUGGACUACGUUGACCUCUAUCUCAUCCAUUUCCCAGUGUCUCUGAAGCCAGGGGACAGUCUUUUACCUCAAGAUGAGCAUGGAAAUUUAAUACUUGACACAGUGGAUCUCUGUGCGACAUGGGAGGCCAUGGAGAAGUGUAAGGAUGCAGGAUUAGCCAAGUCCAUCGGGGUGUCAAACUUUAACCGUAGGCUGCUGGAAAUGAUUCUGAAGAAACCAGGUCUCAAAUAUAAGCCUGUGUGCAAUCAGGUUGAAUGUCACCCUUACCUCAACCAGAGCAAGAUGCUGGAUUACUGCAAGAUGAAUGACAUCAUUCUGGUUGCCUAUGGUGCUCUGGGAACUCAGAGAUAUAAAAAUUGUACUAUUGAGGAUACCCCAGUUCUCUUGGAAGAUCCAGUUCUUUGUGCCAUGGCAAAAAAGUACAAACGGACUCCUGCCCUGAUUGCCCUUCGCUACCAGCUGCAGCGUGGGAUUGUGGUCCUGGCCAAGAGUUUCAAUGAGGAGCAUAUCAGAGAGAACAUGCAGGUUUUUGAUUUCCAGUUGGCUUCAGAUCAUAUGAAAAUUCUAGAUGGCUUGGACAGAAAUUUACGGUAUUUUCCUGCUGAUAUAUUCAAGGCUCAUUCCAGCUUUCCAUUCUGUGAUGAGUAUUAA